GAUAUAAAGUCGGGCCCGCGGGCGCUGCAGACGGCGAGGUGUACCGGGCCUGCAGGAACAUGGACUGCGCCCGCCUCUGGCUGGGGCUGCUGCUGCCCUUGGCGGCCGCGCUGGACUUCAGGUACCACCACCAGGCAGAGAUGGAAGCGUUUCUGAAGGCUGUCGCCCAGAACUACAGUUCCAUCACCCGCCUGCACAGCAUCGGCAAGUCCGUGAGAGGCAGAAACCUGUGGGUUCUUGUUGUGGGGCGCUUCCCAAAGGAACACAGAGUUGGGAUUCCGGAGUUCAAGUACGUGGCAAACAUGCAUGGAGAUGAGACUGUGGGGCGGGAACUGCUGCUCCACUUGAUCGACUAUCUCGUAACCAAUGAUGGAAAAGCCCCCGAGAUCACACGUCUGAUCAACAGCACCCGCAUCCACAUCAUGCCCUCCAUGAACCCGGACGGGUUUGAAGCUGUCAAAAAGCCCGACUGUUUUUACAGCAAUGGCAGGGAAAAUAACAACUACUAUGACCUGAACAGAAAUUUCCCCGAUGCGUUUGAAUCUAAUAACGUGUCAAGGCAGCCUGAAACGGUGGCGGUCAUGGAGUGGCUGAAAACAGAGACCUUUGUCCUCUCUGCAAACCUGCACGGCGGGGCCCUGGUGGCCAGCUACCCGUUUGAUAACGGGGUUCCAGCAACCGGGACAUUACACUCCCGGAGCCUGACCCCCGAUGAUGACGUUUUUCAAUACCUCGCUCACACCUACGCUUCGAAAAAUGCCAACAUGAAGAAAGGAGAUCACUGUAAAAACAAAAUGAACUUUCCUAACGGGAUUACAAAUGGAUACUCUUGGUAUCCACUCAAAGGUGGAAUGCAAGAUUACAACUACAUCUGGGCCCAGUGUUUUGAAAUUACACUGGAGCUGUCAUGCUGUAAAUAUCCUCCCGAGGAGAAGCUUCCAUUCUUCUGGAAUUUUAACAAAGCCUCGCUGAUUGAAUAUAUAAAACAGGUGCACCUAGGUGUAAAGGGUCAAGUUUUUGAUCAGAAUGGAAAUCCAUUACCCAAUGCAAUUGUAGAAGUCCAAGACAGAAAACAUAUCUGCCCCUAUAGAACCAACAAAUUUGGAGAAUAUUAUCUCCUUCUCUUGCCUGGGUCCUAUAUAAUAAAUGUUACAGUCCCUGGACACAGUCCGCACCUCACAAAGGUGAUUAUUCCGGGAAAAUCCCAGAACUUCAGUGCUCUUAAAAUGGACAUUUUACUUCCAUUCAGAGGACAACUGGAUUCUAUCCCAGAAUCAAAUCCUUCAUGCCCCAUGACUCCUCUGUACAGUGACUUGCCAAGCCACUCGGCUGCAACAAAGCCCGGUCUGUUCUUGUUUUUGGUGACUCUUUUUCACCUGUUGUUCAAGUAAAGCAAAAUCUGAGACUCAGCCGCCAUUACCACCUGGCAUCGGGGACUGCUCACUGCCCCUCUCACUCCUGGGGGACCUCGACCAGGUAACCGCCAUGGUCCCUCCCUAAGGAGAGAAGCGGUUGUUUCCAAACCCUGCGACAAGAAGUGUGUGGCGGUGAUGGUGAAGGGAAGACGCCUACCUGGCGAGCACUGCCCCCUUACACCUCACCUGGAAGUUGUCUCAGAGACUUGUAAGAAGUUAAACUUGAGAAGCAAAAAAGAAGUUCCUGCAAGAAAAAAAGGAGCUCCUUUUGUAGACAGGGAGCCAGAUGAAUAUGGGCAAUGAAGAUGAACAUUUAUCGAUCGCCUCCUACAUGCAAGACCUUGCCACGAGUGCCACCUGUGAAGAGAUGGUGCCAUGUGUAAUCAGUUCUCAGCACGGGGAGAAAUGGUGAUGGGCCGGGAAUAUUUGGUUUCACUAAUAAGGAACAAAAUAAGGAAAUAUGAGAGAAAACAGGUCAACCGUGUCUCAGUGGCCAAGAAGAUACAGGCCUGACGGGAUGACAAGGUUGUGUCUGCAGAGCCCCAAAGCAACAGGUCGGUUAAGUAAGUGUCCCCGCCUUUCUGCACCUGAUGCCACAGUCCUGUAAUGCUGACCACCCCAAGGCGUGACUCUCACCUCUGGCCUGAGCUGCAGACUCACGUCGACUGCCCGCUGGACCUAUCACCCGGGUGUGACCCACAGGUACCUCAAACUCAUCGUGUUGAAAAUUGAACACACUUUUCUCCCUAGAGUGGCUGUUCCUCCCAUCUUCUGUCUCAAUUCCUGGCCCCACCAAACUAGAAACCUGGGAGUCAUCCUUGACACUUCCUCCUCCCUCUUCACCCGACAGAUGCAGCCACUGAAGACGCAUGCUCAUUACGAAUGUUGAUCGACUCUCCCCUCUCUCCAUGGCUACUGACACGGCCAAGUGCGGGCCGUCGUAGCUCGCCUCCACCACUGCAGCCGCUUGCCUGGUCUCUUGACCCCAGGUUCCUCCCCUUCAGAUCCAUCCUCCACGCAGCACUGGGGAAGGGGGUCUAUUUAGAACAAAAAUCAACAACCAACUGCUUGUAGUUGCCACGCUCACACCGUGGGUCUGGAUCCCUUGUCUGGAAUGCCCUCUGACCAACCCCUCCAGGAAGCCUCUGCUGAGCAUCACCCCGUUCCAUUCCAUUCCACCCUCCCAGUCCAUCUGGGGACCCUUCCUCUUUGCUCCCCAAAUUAAAUGGGUCACCUCUGUUUUUGGAUUUACAUACUGUAUUAUGGUCUACAUGUGUGAUUUUCACUGGUAAAGGUGAGCUCUUUGAGACCUGGCUAUGUUUAAUUUGUUUGAAAAAUUCGAUCUUAGCUCCUGAGCCUUGCAGUCAGUAGGAACUGAAUGAAUGAAUGAAUGAACGGUUCCAGCAGCCUGCUCCCGUCUCUUCCAGAAACUGUACAAAGCUUUGAAAGUCAUUUUAUGAAACUAGGUCCUAUGCUUUGGCAGUCUCCUGCUCACUGGUAACACUGACAGAGGACUGUUUGCAUGUGUAUCGAGAAAUUAAUUCAAAUACCUGCUUUUACCGGACUGCGCAUUUAAUGUAAAGGUAUUACAUUACCUGUUAACAACACUACAAGCACCCUUUUUUAUCAGGAAACAAAAUUUUUACCAUUAGUACUCAAUUUGAAGCAACUGUUCUCCACUGGAAUGAGAGUUAACCUUUCUUAAAACAUUAUAUGUAAGAAUUAAGGAGGGGCAGCAUCAGACAGACGUAAGAGCAAUUCUGGUGAGCAGGUUUCUGAGUGCUGUGUGUUGCUCAUGGGAGGCGAGUUUCCUUGGCGCUUGCUUUAAACUGAAAGUUCCUAGGAUCUGAACAGGAAACUGUGCUGGGCUCGUACCUGGUGGAUGCUUGAGCAGCACAACGGAGGGGAGACACACGGGCAUUCGGGAGCUACUCCUGUGCAAGCCUCUGCUACAUGCACAGAGCCAUACAUGUUAACAGAAACAGAAUUUGUAGACUUUUAAUCACAUCUUUUAAAUUUGGUAAUAACCUGAAUACUUUGAUCAUUUUUAUUUAAAUAACCAGUAAUUUAUUAUAUACUUGAAAGUGAAUAUUAAUAUAAUAUUGCAGAAAGUGAUUUUGGUAUAAUACAUAUAGAACUAUAUAAAACUACUUGAUUUAUCAAAGCCUCAUCAAUUUUCCAAUCAGGCGUUCUGAGUUCUAACUUUUCCUUUUCCAAGAAAGCAAUUUUUGAAGGGACAUGAACCAAAAUCUGAAUUGGUUCAUGAGCCUUAAUGUAAAUUCCUUAAGGAAAUAAUGUUUUUAAAAUCAGAAAUUUUACCUGAAGCAAACCUAAAAUCAUUUAGAGACAAGCAAAACAAUUAGAAUAAUCUCCAAACCAAACGUAAGGCAAACCUGAAUUUAAUUCAGAGCAGGUUUGGGGUACCUAUUUUGUGGUGAUGGCCCUGUGCUCACAGGUCCAGUUAGUGGCCAGGGUUUAGUAUGUAGAACCCCAGCUCCACCCCCACGCAUCGAGUGAGGCGUCAGAGGGGAGAAACCAACGUGGAGCUCUGACCGUAGUCCGCUCAGACCUCAGUGCCCCUGCAUAACGCCUCUCCUACCGUCCGCACCCUUCCAGGCUGGGCCUGUGGGCCUCGCGUUCCAGGCUCAGGUGUAAUUCCUUUUGUGGAGACGCCAACCCAGCAAAGGUCUUCAAGAUGGGAGAGAAGACGACGGCAUGUGGGGUAAAAGGAUAAGUAGGAGGCAGGAGCCCUGGGUUCAGACCCCUACUUCCAGUUCCCUGACUUGUGAAAUGAAGCCCUCUCCACUGUGGCUCUGGACGCUGCAGUGUCAGAUGCCACACUUCGCCGCCGUUUUUGGUGCUUGCCCAGGUGGAGGAAGGACAAUUAACACUCAGGUGGCAUAAGUCUUUUGAAGGCAGUAUAACAUAACUUAUUAAAGACCAAAUUUUUUGCCUCAGAUAUAAACAGAAUUUGCCUGAAAAACAUUUGUUAGCUAGAAUGAUCACUGCAUAAUAUUUAAGCAAAUUUUCAUGAAGUAACACAGCUUUUUUCAUGUACCUACUCAAGUGAUGAUAAAUGUUAACAUGAAUGCAUCUAAAUGGGGGGAGUGUUUUAGAGAAACCUUGAGCAGGUAAGUGCCUGUUGAUUUCGCUGCUUACUGUGUCACCUUCAGACUUGCGCUGUUGGAUACGUCAGAAACGUCAGUAUAGGAAGUUAGCUCUACCUUUAGAAACUACUUAUAUCUGACAUUGGAUUGGAAAUAGCUUUUCCUAGGGAAUCCAGAAAAAUGAGCGUAGCAUACCGUCUCCUUGCAACAGGAGAAGCUGCUGACGGAGAAGCAUGGUUCUUACUCUACACGGUGACGAUACAGUUGAUGUCUGUUUUAUGACAGGUCCUUUCUAUCUUCCUCAUGACUUUAGAUGGAGGGAGGAGGAGAGAAUGAGGAUGGUUAAAGAGCAAAAAAAAAAAGGUCAAAGCACCUAACAGAGAAGUUUGGGAAAGGGGCUGACUUCUUCACGUCACCAAGCAGCAGGGACUGGACUGGGCGGGACUGCUCACAAACUGCCUGGUCAGACUUUAGCACAAGAACAACUCCACAGCCUCGCGGAUGCUUCCAAGCUGAUUUUACAAGUUUUCUCAGUGACUUUCUUUUGUACUACAAUUAACUUAAAAUGCACAAAUUGUCUAAGACUGUAAAGUUUUAUUGGGCAGGGGCCAUGACUACCUCUGAAUUCACUAAAUUUACAAUAUUUCUGAUUCUCAAUAAAGAAUUAAUAUUCAUGUAAA